AUGGCCUCCAACCACGAAUUGCCCGAAUAUCCUCAUGAUGAGGCUCUCGUACGCCGCCAUGUAUCCCUCUCCGCUAUGGAGAGCCCUCAUAGUCACAGCGCCAGAUAUAACGCGCGCACCAAGACACUGGUAGAGCAAUCUGGUGUCCAGGCAGCCGCUUACUACAGCCAGGGCGUGGCUGAGUACAACCGUUUUAUGGCAUCGGGUGAUACGCUCAACAUCAAGCUUGGGGCUGUCUGGUCUGGAUUCCGCGACGACCCACGGGACCACAACAGUUUGAGCCUCUGGGAUGAGCAUGGCCAUAUUUCUCUGCACGUCGCAUUCAACCGCUAUGAUCGGACAAUCCGAAUCAAUACGUGGGAUGGGCAGUGGGGAAACGAGAUCUAUACCUCCUUCCCAGACUCAAUCGUUCAAGAGGUACACACGACCAUCGCAAUCCAGUAUUGGGCGCCCGGGUCAUAUACUAUUCACAUUGGGGGUAUGGGUCUUGAUGUAGACGUCCCUAGGCUUAGCGCUCCCAACGCUUUAACGUACCGGGUCUCGCGAAACAAUGAUGGCAUGUUUGGGGGGAAGGUUGACACAACACUGAACUAUUAA